GCGCAACCCUUUUGUUAACUUCCAGCCGGCGAUCAAGGAGUUGGAAAAGGUACUGGGAUACCUAAAAGGCGUGAGUGCUUUGUUGGAUGAGCUGGAGAAAUUUAUCAAAAAUGUCCCUGGACCUGAGAGUACAAAAAGCAUCAAAACCACCAUAAACAGCAUGCGCCAGGUUCUCCGCGAAGCAACCGGUUUAAACGAUAAAAUAAUGGAACUGAUUAACGCUUUUAAAGCUCUGCAAGAUAUCACACACUUGUUGCAGGCGAUUCAGCAGUUUGGCCGUACACUUAAGGAAGUUGUCGC